CACACAAUGAGCGGUCGAGGAAACAGAGGUGCACGCGGCGGCGGGGGCGGGGGCAGAGGUAGCCCUCGCGGCGCAUCUCCUGCUAGAGGCGGCCCUCGCGGCGCAUCUCCUGCCGGAGGAGCGAGCCCCCAUCGCGGCGGCCCGCCUGGCGACAGAGGGGGCGGUCGUGGUCGUGGCGGCCCUGGCGGAGGCGGUCGCGGUGGUCCAGGCGGCUUCCGAGGAGGCGGCCGUGGUGGGCCUGCGCAAGUCUUCAUGGCUGGCAGACCCGCCACGAUCGACCAGCACAUCGCGGGCUCCGAGCAGCUCGUUCAGCGGUUCAAGACCGUUCCGCCGACGGCCGAGCGCCCGCUCCGCCCUGGGUUCGGCACCUUGGGCACGCCCGUGACGUUGCGGGCCAACUUCUUUCGCAUGACCUUGCCCAAGGGCGCGAAAUACUACGAUUAUGUGAUCGAGGUGAAGCCGAACGUCGCGAAGGGGAAGGUGCGCCGGGUCGUGGAGAUCAUGCUCGCCGCGCCCGCGUUUGCGACGUACAGGCCUCGUGUGGCCCACGAUGGCAUGCAGCGGAUGAUCACGCCCAGGGCGCUGCCCCAACCGCUCGAAAUACCCGUCGAGUAUUAUGACGAAGCCGCUGCCGGACCUAAACCUGGUGCGCCCAGGUACACCGUCGAGAUCAGGCUCGAGCGCGAGCUUGACAUGAACCAAUUAACAAAGUACACCGACGGGGAUCUCGAUGCUCGCAAUCUGGACAUCGCGCCAUAUACCGCGGCUCUGAACCUCGUUUUGCAACAAUACGCCUCCGACACCGCGUGGCGCGUAGGACGUAACCGACACUUCUUCCCAUCUGAUGACGAGAAGCGCUCCCUCGGGAUGGGCGUGGAGGCCCUCAGAGGCUUCUUCUCCAGCGUGCGACCCGUAUACAAGCAGCUGAUGGUGAACGUCAAUGUAUGCAUGACGGCCUUCUACGAGCCGAGUAACUUGGCCGAUGCUAUCAUGGCCUUCAACCGGCAAUCCCGGGGUGGGAUGCCCAAGGCAUUCAAAGACAAACUCAGGGUUCGUACGCUCCACCUCGGACAUAAGAAGCCUGUCAAGGCCAUCGGGACCAAGUCUGCCAGUCAGACGUUUUUCAACUGCGAGGAACUCGGAGGCCGAAUUUCCGUGGCCGACUACUUCCGGCGGAAGUACCCCCAUCUUCCCCUCCGACACGCGGAUGACCUGCCCGUGGUGGACAUCGCUGGUCCGGCCAGGAGGGAGCCCGUCUGGAUCCCCGCAGAGCUUUGCGAGAUCACCGAGGGCACCCCGUACUCCGGUCGACUCUCGGACCGCGAGACAGCUGACAUGAUUCGCUACGCAUGUCGCCCGCCCUACGAGAACGCGCAGACUACCGUCGACGAAGGCCUGCCUAAACUUGGUCUCGUACCGCGCCAUUCGACGCUCACCGCCUUCGGCAUUGAGAUCUCAGGUGAUAUGACCACCAUCCCCGCGCGGGUUUUGCCCCCUCCCCGCCUUUCGUACAGGUCGGGCCAGCCCAACGUUCGCGACGGCGCCUGGAAUAUCCUCGACGUCAAAUUCCAUCGUGGAGGCGACAUGACCAACUGGGCGGUGCUGAUCGUUCAGGAGCAGGGUCAGGGGAGGUUUUCGGGGCCGAAUGACCAAACACUCCUUGAUCUCGUCACCGGAUUCGCGAACAAGUGUCGCAAGGCCGGAAUGACCGUCCCGCAGGCGUUGCCAAAGAUCAUCGCUACGCCCAACCUUCCCGAUGCGUCCAACGACUCAUUCCGGGCCAGUGCGAUCGAAAUCAUCCGCACGACGAUCGUCAAGAAUCUCGACCCUAAGAAGAAGCCGAGCUUUAUUCUGGUGCUCCUAUCCCGAAUCGACAACUACAUCUAUCCGGGGAUCAAGCGUUUGGGCGACGUCGUUCUCGGUGUGCACACGACGUGCAUGUUACUCGAUAAGGUCCUCGGCACCUCUUACAAACCGAAGACCCCGCAGCAACAGGACCAGUAUUUCUCGAACGUCGCUCUCAAGGUUAACACGAAGCUCGGCGGCAUCAACCACUUGCUCGAUGCGAAUGCUAUGGCCUGGCUUAAGGAGAAGAAGACGAUGGUGGUGGGCAUGGACGUGACGCACCCCGGUCCGCGGAGCGUCUGGGGUACUCCAUCUGUUGCCGCCGUCGUCGCGAGCGUCGACGAAAAUUGUGUUCAGUUCCCAGCUAGUCUGCGUCUGCAAGAGACGCGCAAGGAGAUGAUCACGGCUUUGGAUGAGAUGAUGAUCGAACGUCUGCAAGCCUAUCAGCGGAGCAACAAACAAGCCCUCCCGGAACGGAUCUUCGUAUACCGCGACGGCGUAUCCGAGGGUCAAUACGACACGGUCCUCGUCGAGGAAUACCCGCUGAUCCUCAAGUCCUUCGAGCGGAUCAGUCCGAACAAACCAUAUCGACCCUCGUUGUCUAUCAUCAUUUGUGGAAAGCGCCAUCACGCACGGUUCAACGGGACAGUCUUGUCGGACGUCGACCAAGGCGGUAAUACCAAGCCUGGGACCGUCGUCGACAAGGGAGUCACGGACCCAUAUCUGUUCGAUUUCUAUCUGCAGGCACAUAAAGGACUGCAGGGCACCGUGAAGGCGACACAUUACGCGGUCAUUUACGACGAGAACAGGCUUACCGCGGAUGGUAUACAAAAAGGGACACACGACGCGAGCUACAGUUAUGCACGCGCGACGAAAGCUGUCAGCCUGAUACCCGCCGCAUACUACGCCGACAUCGCCUGCGAACGCGGACGAUACUACAUCAACGACUUCUUGAACUUGGGAGACGAGAAAAGCAGCGUCGCUCCCAGCACUGCCGGAGGUCGUAGAACGAGGGAGGAAGAGAAGCAGCGAGUCUUCGACGAGGCGACCGCCCGUUGGGGGAACGGCGUCCACCCUGAUCUCCGAGGGAGCAUGUUCUAUAUUUGAAGUGGUGUUUUGUCGCAUUGAAUCUCGAAGCCUGCGGCUCCUCGUCUUGUUGAGCAUGUUGUACGCUUAUGGUUUGUCGUAGUUUGUCGCCUAUGCUGUCUCGUGGAGUCUUUGUGUGUUGUCCCUCAUGUACGCUUCCCUCAAUCCCCUUGUAUUUGUAUUCCAUCCGGUUAUUGUUUUGCAAGAACAUGUGCGAUAUAUCUG